AUGGAAGACAAUCCUUUCAAAGGUCUUGACCUCAAGGAGAAUGGAGCACCUAUUAUAAAAUUCCUUAAAAUCUCAAGUGAUGACAAGAAGAUUUCAAUAAUAAAUAAACUGAGAAAAGCGAUCAAAGAAGAAUCUAAAUAAGGAACGAAUUUCUACAAAGUCUAAGAUGAAAGAGGAUCUAGAGAUGUGUGAAGAUGCCCAUCAGAAAGAAGUCCAGGAGUUCCUACACAGAUGGGAGAAAGUCAUUAUUCCUGAGUUCGAGAAUGAGCGACUGUUGAUUGAGCUAGAAGCACAGAAAAGGCAUGAAAAUGAGAUUGAAGAGUUCAAAGAAAAAUCAAAAACUGAUGCUGCAUUUAAAUUCAGACCCUCUGCUAAUCUUUUAAAUCUGGAAAGACAGAAAGAAGCAAUGAAAUCUAGUUUUGUUAAAGAAGCAUUUUCUAUUUCCAGACUAACCCAAGGAGAUAAGAUUUCUCCAAAUUUGAAAGAGCUGAAAUAAGAUGAAGAAAAUAAAGAACCUGAAGAAAGCUGAAAAAUCAAAGCAUAAUAAAGAAGUUGCAAAGAAAGUCAACAAAAGAAUUCAAACAAUGCAAGUGCAGCAAAAAUAAAGAACUAGAAGCUCUACGAUAUAAAAAGAAUAUUUUAAGAGAGAACCUAAAAAUAGAAAUGAGUAAAGAACUAGACAUCAUCAAGAAAAGGUACCAAAAUGUUAAAAAUGAAAUUCAAAAGAAGUACACCAAGGCAUUAAAGAAUAUAAAAUAGCAGUUCAAUUUUAUAAUUUCAG